GUGCACCCCAGUCCCCAGCGCAGCAGCAUCGGUGUAUCGGCAAGCAAAGCGCAACUAAAUAAAUUCCUUCCCUCUCUUCUGCUCUUGGCAUCUCGUCCUCUCUAUCAUCUUCUUCUUGCUUUCUAUAUAUAGCUAGCUUCAUUCACAAGGUCGUCAGAGACUCAGAGGGUGUGUGGCAGCUCUUGGAGAGAGAUCGAGCAGCAGGCAGCGCAGCAAUGGCAGCCAUGGACAUGAAGAAGUGUCUGCUGGUGCUGACUCUUGGCCUCGCCAUGGCCGCUACCUCGUCGGCCGUCAUCUACAAGGUCGGCGACACCUCCGGGUGGACGAUCCUCGGCAACAUCAACUACACCGACUGGACUUCCAAGAAGAAUUUCCGUGUUGGAGACACCAUAGAGUUCACGUACCCACCGGGCAUCCACAACGUGCUGGAGGUGAAGAAGGCCGACUACGACAGCUGCACCAACUCGACGCCGAUCGCCACGCACACCUCUGGCGACGACAAGAUCGUCAUCAAGAGCCCCGGCCACCGCUUCUUCAUCUGCGGCGUGCCCGGCCACUGCGCCGCCGGCCAGAAGCUCAACAUCCGCGUCCUCAAGACGACGCGCUCCUCUGACGCCCCUUCCCCUUCCCCGGCGCCAGCCGCCGCGCGCUCCGGCUCCUCCGCGGCGUCCCCCAGCCCCAGCACCGAGCCGAGCGGCGCCUCGGCGUCGCCGCCCGCGUCGUCCACGGACAGCCCGCCCGACGCGACAGCCACCACCGCGCCCGCGCCCAACGCCAACGGCGCGGGGGUCAGUGCAAGCAACUGCCGGGCCGUCGUCGGUGCCAUGGCGCUGGCGGCGGUCGCCUCCAUGGCGAUGCUGCACUAGAUCACCACGCAGCUAGUUGGGCCGGCCGGGUGCAUUUGUUGAUCUACAUGUGAUUCUUUUGCCAUACAUGAUGACGGUGGAGGUUUAUUUUCCUUUCUUGGGUGUGUGUACUGUGUAUGUGUUAGCUGCUGAUGUGGAUUAUAUUGUUGAGAUGUUAUGCUUUUCUCAGGUUUCUUAUAUUCAAUGUUUUUGUCGAAGUUCUCCUGUUUGACUUGCAAUAUCUUCGGACAUAAAUUCA